GCGACGAGUUCGGCGAUUAGUACGGCUUCCAUCUUUUUCCACUCAUUUCUUCCCCAAACCCAUCUCUUAGAACCCUAGUCCCAAAUUCACGGCAACAAGGACGGCAACGAGUACGGCUUUAAGUACACCAACCACAAGUUGUUUCCGCAGUGAACUCUAAUCUUGAUUCAUGGACCCUGGAAGCAAUAGUUCUCAAGAUUCGAGUGCCAAUAUGGAGAAAAUCGCCAAGAAAGAAGACGUAGAAACGAACAUUGAUCGACUAACUGAGCUACCGGAACCAUUGAUCAUUCGUAUACUUUCGUUCUUGGAGAUGAAAGACGCUGUGAAUACAGACACUGUUGCUAAAAGUUUGAGACACCUCUGGACCCAUGUCGAUUCCAUUGUUUUCUUUUUUAAUGCUAUGCCCAAUGGGGAUUAUAUAGAGAGGUUCAUUGCCUUUGCUGAUAGAACUAUGCCGCGGUGUGCUUGUCCCAAUAUCAAGAAAUUCGUACUCCACUUUUACCAUGAUCCCGGGGCUGAGAAUGGGCCGUUCUUGAAUGAAAUGUUCUUUAACUGGGUUCACCGGGCUUUCGAGAACAAUGUGGAAUUUCUAGGACUACAAAUAAACGACCUUACAAUUGAGCCACCUGAGUGGUUUUACCAGAGUUUGUUUCUCAUAAGAUUGAAAUUAUAUGAUGUGAUAUUGGGUUCUUCAUUCGUUCGCCAAAUAGAUUGGCCUUCUUUGAGGAGUUUGAACUUGAAAAGAGUGGAGAUCAAUAAUGAGCAAAUGGCGCAACUACUAUCAGGUUGUCCUCAGUUGGAUACUAUGGUUCUUGAUCGCGUUAGUCACAUCAUCACUAGCCUCAAUUUUACGUCGAAAAGUAUGAAAACAUUGAAAUUGAUCCAUCUUGACCGUGAUGAUGAUGAAAUUCCCUUGCAGAUUAAAGCUUCUUGGCUUCAAGAAUUGAUUAUGACAAAGGAGUUUUGGGGUUUCAAUUGUCAUUUUCUUAACAUGUCCUCGAUGAGGAAAGCUGAUCUCUCUUUCACAGUUCUUGGCGUUGAUACUGAUGAAUAUUGGGUUGAUGUUCAACGGUUCAAUGUGGCAACUGAACUGCUCAAAACCGUAUGCAAUGUCGAGGAACUAGUGAUUGGGCCAGUGCUCAUUCUCGUGAGACUACUUUUGCACAAUUCUGAUACAUUUGUCAAUCAUAUCCCCCACAUCGAAAGGGCAUUAACUUUCUUGCAUCUAAAUUUAGGAAUGAGGACUUAUUUCAAGAUUAACUAUAAAAUGCUUAUAUGGAUCAUGCACUUAUGAAGAUUUUGUAUCAUAUAUAUGUUAAUGAGUGGUUAUUGCUAUGCUUGAAACAAGCCUUAUCAA